UAUUAAAUAAUGUAUUAUUUACAUUACAGUGAAGAUAUAAAGCGUGUAAUGUCAAAUUUUCCAUUUUUUACUUAUGAAGCCCAACAAGCAGAAUCCAUAGAUAUGCUUUUUAAAAUUUGCGAAAAUGUAUUUAAAAGGUCAAGUCAAAAUAUUGGAUUUAUAUACCCCGGUACAAAAUGGUGUGGACCUGGUAAUAUAGCUAAAAGCUAUUCUGACUUGGGAGUUUAUAAAAAAGAAGAUUCGUGUUGCCGUGAACAUGACCAUUGUACAAGGUUUCUGGAAACUGGCCAAUGUACAGAUAAGUUAUGCAAUACUUCUCCUUAUACAAGGUAAAUUUACAUAAAAAUUAUUUAUGAUAAUAAAUAAUGAACUCUAGAAAUCAAAAACAAUUUAUCAAGUAUAAUUCAUGGUUGUUAUGUUUUAAACAAUACUUAUUUGAAACAAUGUUUAAAACAUCAAAAAUUUCAAAAUUUACAUUGAUC